AGGUGCCGACAGAGAGUUGCGUUACUGUAUAUAUUGUGAUUGUGUUUCUGCAUAUACUGUGUAUACUGUUAGCGCGCUCUCGGAGGUUUCGGACAGUCGAGACCCUCUUGAUAUUCUGGGUUACAUCGUCUUGAGUAGAUACUUUGAGAUACUCCGGACUGUUCCGGAAUCACGGGGCCUGCCAAAGCCUGACGAGGCCACUCCGUUUCCCAUCUGGCUGCGUAAAGUUUAAAAAUAGUUAAAUACUCGUUGAUGAACCACCGCGCAUAAAUUGCCUUGGAUUUAACUUCUCCGCUCGAAUGAAUCUUGUGUUCAUUUAAAGAAGAGACUGAACCUUACCGAUUAUGGCUUCGAAAGUUACGCUUUCCCAGGCUCUGGGAACGGAUGGGAGCGAUUAUAGUCAUCGACAAAAAAUCGCGACACACUACCAAGUCAGUGCGACUAACAAAUCAAGACUGAAGUAUUGUAUAUUUUUUCACUAUCUAUUAUUUUUCGUCAUGCUCGCCAAACUAUCUGCAGACAUAUUAGAUCAUCUGGAUAUAUUUAUUUGGGAAAUCGAGGAGUUACAAGUACCACAGCCAUUAUGGUGGGAGUAUAUAUGGUGCAUUAGUUUGUCGUUAUCAUUUUUCGCUCUCUCUGCGAUUAAAAGGAAUAGGAUUAAAACUCUGCAAAAAUAUAUGAUAGGUAUCAUCCUGUUAGGUUAUGGCCCAUUAGGUUAUGCUAUAGUGUAUUACUUCAAGGAUGUCUGGACAUACUUAACUGUAGGCAAAUCUGAUGACAUUCAUUUGUGGCAGAGUCUGCCAUAUGGUGUACUUUGGUACGCUUUUAUUCUUUUAGCUUCACAAGUUCAUUGUUUCUCUUUGUACUUUUCUUGGAACUUACUAAUUGCAUGGAGAACACGAGGUGCCAAAAGAAUGGACUAAACUCAAUUGAGGCAACUGUAACCAUCCACAAAUUACAUUAUGGACAUCUAUUUUGACUAUGAGCCAUGUUUAUUGUUUGUGAUAAAAAAGGAAAGAUAUAUCAUUGUUGUACAAGAAACAGCACUCAGACUGUAAAAACUAUACGUGUGAGAUGUAUAUAAAUGAAAGAGUAUCAUUGUACUCAACAUGUAUAUAUGAAAAUAUACCGA